AUGGUCUCUCUGGACAAUCAUCACCUUCUCGCAGACAAUGUGGAUGUCCUCGGCCGGACAGAAUCCAAACAUGGAUCCUGUUCUUGGAUAAGUCUUGGUGUUGUUAUGAGUAGUACCCAUACCUCCACCAACAAGAACGUUGUAACCAAUGAUGUUGUUGUUCUCCACAAUGGCGAUGAGUCCCACGUCGUGGGCCCACACAUCCACAUCGUUGUAUGGUGGCAGAGUCAGCACGAUCUUAUACUUUCUAGGCAGGUAAGUUGGUCCAUAAAGCGGCUCGGAGUCCACAAUGGUGUCUCCUCCAACCUUGAUCUUUCUUGGACCUCCCUCCAGUCCUCUCUCGACGUUCAAGUCGUCCAGCCACAGCUCGUGGUAGGCGGUGGUGUUUGGAAGCAGCUGUCUCGAAAUGAUCUUGGAAGUGUCCACCAACUGCGAGUGCAAGUGCGAGUUGGUUGGCAAUGCAGAACACAUAACAUUUCUACAAACGUCACCACAAGCAGCAAGAGUGUCCAUCAAUGCAACGUUAAUCUCCUUGAUGGUCUCUUUCAAGUCGAACUUGACAAUACCGUGCAACUGGAAGGUGGCUCUGGUGGUGAUCUUGAAAGUGCCGUUUCCGUUCUUGGAAGCAAGCUCACCCUCCUUCUUGCGCUGUUCUCUGAUGUCUCUGUCGUCUUGCAUAUAAAUACCGUGGAACUUGGUCAUUUGCUGGUCGGAAGCAGAAAUGGCACCGGUGGACGUGUCGUUCAGUCCCUCCUGGAUAGUUCCUCUGAGGAAAUUGGAGUUGAUCUUCAUGUCCUCGUUGGUGAUUGGAGGUGGCUCGUCAGCGUUCUCAACAGAGACUCCCAGAGAUUCCCAGAUCUUUGGCUCCCAAGCGUUGUAGCCGGUGUUGAAUCCGUCAGCGUCUUGGUCGUCACCGAGUCCCAAGUCGGUCAAGGCAAUGGCGCCCAAGAGCGAGAGCUUCUUGAACAGAUCCUGACCCGGCUUGUUGUAGUAGUGCGCAUCUUCCUUUCUUGGCCAAUACUUGGAGUCACCCAGACCAAACACACCAAACUUGAGGUUGGCAAGGUCCACAGUGCUCGACUUCAGGGCCUCCCAGAACUGCUUACCGUUGGUUGGAAACUCUCCCUGUCCGGAAGUAGAGGUAAUGAAGGCGACGUUGGUCUCCAAUUGCAGGUCCUCGAGAGAAAGGUCGUCCAUAGCCAAAAGCUUGAUCUUGAGACCCUUAGCGGCACCUCUUCUUCCAAGCUUCUUGGCAACGUUUUCGGCGUUUCCUCCGUCGGAAGCAAAGGCGAUGGUCAAUGGCUCUCCGCCCAAGUUCUCCAACAUCUUGCUGAAGGCCUGCUUGGACUUCUCGUUGAUCUUCUUGUCAAUCUUGUUGUUCAAGGAGUUAAGGUUGAACUCGAGCUUUGGACUUCUGGCAGCAAGAAGAGUCAGUCUGUUCUCUCUGUCCAAGAACUCCUUCAGUUCGUUUCUAAUGAACGAGGAGUCCAACUGGAACUGGUCGUCGUUCUCCAAGAAUGGGUUGUAUCUGUACAAAGGCCAGUAUCCAGUGUCAACCGAGCUCUUGGUGUCUUUAAGGAUCUCGAGAUGGUCCUCGUAGUGAGGCAGAGCAACAGAUGCGACGUACGAGUUGCCGUAGUUCAUUGCGUACAAUCCAGCGUUCUUCUUGCCUUGCUUUCUGUUCAGAGACGAGUCAGAGUCGAUAAUGAGAAGCUUGACUCUCUUGUUGUAGCUCAGAACCUGGUGCAACGUGGACAGUCCUUGGUCGAAACACCAUUUGUCGGAACCAAUCAGCCAGUUGGACUUUAUGGUGAAGUACUCUUUCAAAGCAAGAACUUCUCUCACAAUAGGAGUGUCGAUCUGGGAAAGAAUCUCAACCAAGUCAGAACCAUCAACCUCUUCGCCGUCCUUGGCCUUGAUCAGCCACGAAGCAAACUUGUCGCUCAAGUCGGAGGAAGAGAACUGUCCAAGGUUGUCUUCGACCAAACCGAUCAGUUUGGCUCUCUGCUCGUCCUCGUACAGGAACUUACCCAAAGCAAACUCUGGCGAAGGGUUAAGGAUUAUGUUGUUCAGAAUGGACAAGUUAGGAAUGGCCUGGCGGAGAAGCUUGACUCGAUCUUGAGCAGCUGCGAAGAAACCACAGACGACAGGUUUGGUAGCAGGUCCAGAACGUCCAGGAAAAGAGGCUGGAAGUCCAAUUGGAGAGAGCUCUGUUCGAGAAUUUGCAAGGUGCCCUUGAAAGAGCCGAUCAAAGACUCGAGUUUGUUCAAGUUGAAUGGUCUACUCGAGGUCCUCACCUUGGAAAUCGGAAAACGUGCUCAAAAGUUUAGAGUCGGAGUAUUGCUUGACGGUGGAAGAUUCGUCUUGAUGGAAGUGGAUCACAGUGGACUUGGAGAACUUGGCAACCAGCUGGGCCAACACAGAGAAGUCGAGCGACUCCUGAGCGUUGGACGAGAUCAAAAGUGGGAAGCCAAGAUCUUUACAUGCCAAAACAGCAGAGUAGUCGUCAUUGACAAUUGGAGAGUUAAUCACAAAUUUCUGUGUUGUUUUGGACAAGGUUGGAAGUUGCUGGAUAAGGUCAACAGACUUGAGUCCCAGAACAGUAGCGGCGGAUUCCUCAAUGAACUCUAA